UACUUAUUCUACUUUGUGUCAGAUGGCAGAGGGAGACAAGAAGUCUGCCAAGAAGAAGCACGGGAGCCGGAACCCGGUUCUGGCCCGGGGCAUUGGCCGCUACUCCCGUUCCGCUAUGUACGCCCGACGGGCCAUGUACAAGAGGAAAACCAAGACCACUGAGACCAAGAUGGAGAAAAAGAUUAAGGUGAAGCCGCAGGGCACCGUUGUCAAGACUGUCGGUGGAGACAAGAAUGGAGGCACUCGUGUUGUCAAGCUGCGCAAGAUGCCCCGCUACUACCCCACAGAGGAUGUUCCCCGUAAACUGAAGAGCCAUGGGAAGAAGCCCUUCAGCCAGCACAAGAGGAAGUUGCGUUCCUCCAUCAUCCCAGGAACUGUCCUCAUCCUGCUCACUGGUCGCCACCGUGGAAAGCGUGUGGUGUUCCUGAAGCAGCUCUCAAGUGGUCUCCUGCUUGUCACUGGUCCUCUUGCUGUGAACAGAGUCCCCCUGCGCAGAGCCCACCAGAAAUUCGUCAUUGCCACCAACACCAAAGUUGACAUCUCUGGCAUGAAGAUCCCCAAAACUCUGAACGAUGCCUACUUCAAGAAGAAGAAGCUGAGGAAGCCCCGUCACCAGGAGGGAGAGAUCUUUGAUACAGAGAAAGAGAAGUACCAGCUGACAGAGCAGAGGAAGGAGGACCAGAAGGCUGUUGACAGUCAGCUCCUGCCCCUCAUCAAGAAAGUACCUCAGCUGACAGGGUACCUGCGUUCUUCCUUCUGCCUGUCCAAUGGCGUCUACCCUCACAAGCUGGUUUUCUAAAUGUGUUGUAAUAAAGAGUACCACCAUCUGA